UGGUUUGUUUGCUGGGUUUUGUUUGCCUCUUGCAACAUUUUGUCCUGACUGAUGAUUGCUGAGAACAAAUAUACUCAACACUGUAGAAAACCAGGUCCUCGAUGAAUCACAGAGGGAACUCUGCUGUGCCUUUCAGUGCUUAAAAGAUGAACUUGUGGAUACUCCUGACUUUCACUGCACUGGCUGAAUGCCUUCACCAAAAAAGAGGCGCCCACUCGUGCCCAGAUCACUGCUCCUGUUCCUUUCCACCUUCAAGCGCAGAGGUGGUGUGCAGCCAAAACUCCCUUACACAUUUCCCUGUAAAUGGUUUACCCUCCAACACCACUCGACUGUCCAUCCAAUCCACCCUCCUCAGCAGUAUUACAGCCAGUCAUUUGAGUGUUGUGCCCCUUUUAAACAACCUCCAGCUGUACCACAACAACCUGUCAAGCCUUCCUUCAGAUCUACUGAGGGACGUUCCUCAUUUGGACACGUUGGAUCUGACGGGUAAUCAGCUGGUUCAUCUUCCUCCAAAUGUCUUCAGCUGUGCCUCACUUCAUGGUCUUGUGCUGAAGAAUAAUCUGAUUGAAAAAGCAGAUGCUGAGUGGUUUCCUGACAACAGUAGCCUAACAUGGCUGGACUUGUCUGGAAACCGUUUAACUGGUGUACCCGCUGCUUUGCUUCACAAGCUGCCCAACCUAGAGAGUCUAGACUUGAGUGACAACAAUCUGCAAGAACUACAACCUGACGCCCUAAAGAACCUGCACCGCCUCGAGUCACUGAAUCUCGCUGGUAACAAAUUAAGCUCCCUGAAUCCUACAAUGUUCACCCACAACCUGAAACUAUCCCAGCUGUUUUUUCAGGAGAAUCAGCUCCAAGAUCUACCAGCGACCCUCCUCCAGGGUCUCCAACAUCUUGAGCUUCUGCUGCUAAAUCAGAAUCGGCUGCAGAAUUUACCCUCAGGGAUGCUGGAGAACAGAAAAUCCUCUUUCCAGAUGAUCUUAACAGGAAACCCCUGGGUGUGUGAUGAGAGGAUAGAGUAUCUGUGGAAGUGGCUCACUGUCCAUCCUCAAAAUGUUUUCUUUUUGGAGGAGGUGACAUGUGCAGGGCCUGAAGCUCUUAAACAUCGGCAAGUGGUCUCUUUAACUGGCAGUGAGCUCGGACUUCACAAGAUUCAAAAUUUGUGAUGAAAAGUGGAUCUUUUGCGUUUACUUUAUACAUUCCACUAAAAUGUUAUGUCAAAUUAUA